AUGCCUCGGCCAGGAAAGAAUUCAUAUAGUGACCAGAAACCUCCUUAUUCAUAUAUCUCUUUGACUGCUAUGGCCAUCCAGAGUUCCAGUGAGAAAAUGUUGCCCCUCAGUGACAUUUACAAGUUCAUUAUGGACAGAUUCCCUUACUACCGAGAAAAUACCCAGAGGUGGCAAAACUCACUAAGGCACAAUCUCUCCUUCAAUGAUUGCUUCAUCAAGAUCCCGAGAAGACCAGACCAGCCUGGUAAAGGGAGCUUCUGGGCUCUUCAUCCAGACUGUGGGGACAUGUUUGAGAAUGGCAGCUUCUUGAGGAGGAGGAAGAGAUUUAAGGUACACAGAGCUGAGCACCUGGCAUCCAAAAAUCAUCAGAUGAUACACUAUUUCCACCACCAACACAAUCCAAGCAAGUUGGGUCUUGCUUCUUCUGAAAGCGCUGCAGUAGCCGGCAUUGGAAGGUUACCACACUUUCAACCAUAUGCUAUUAGUGGGGCACAGACCACUGGGUUUAAGCACCCUUUUGCUAUAGAGAACAUCAUUGGCAGGGACUACAAAGGUGUUAUGGCUGGUGGACUUCCUUUAGCUUCUAUGAUGCAUCACCUUGGAUACCCUGUACCCAGCCAACUGAGCAACAUGGUUAGCUCUAUGUGGCCUCACGUUGGCAUGAUGGACUCUGUGGCAAGUAUGGCGGUGCCACAAGAAUAUGGACACUUUGGUGUGCCGAUGAAAACUAUUUGCCAUGCUCCUAGUCAGACAAUUCCUGCUGUCCCUGUUCCCAUAAAGCCCACAGCCUCUCUACCGCCGGUUUCAGCUAUUCCAAGUUUGACAGUGAACCCCUCCAACAUGUGCUCUUCACUACCAUCUCAGACUGGAGUGGCGGUGUCCCGUCUGGCUCACUCACCUUCUGGCCACUCUGAGAGUAAGGCCGGCAUGCUGCACUCAGUACUGAUCCACUCCUAG